AUGGCAGAGCAGAUCCCCGUCGUCGACUUGUCCGCCUACGCCGCCUCGGCGCCCGCAUCGCCCGCGUCCCAGCGUGCCGCGCAGCUCCUCCACCAGGCCGCCUCCCAAUGGGGCUUCUUCCUCCUGGCCAACACGCCCGUGCGGCCCGCCUCCCAGGCGGCCCUCGUGGCUGCCUCGCGCGCCUUCUUCGCCCUCCCCGAGGAGGACAAGCUGGCCCUGGACGUGCGCGCCGGAGGCCCCGCCUGGCGCGGCUACAUGCCCCUGGGGGGCGAGCACACGCACGGCCGUCUCGACUGGAAGGAGGGCCUGUACGUCGGCCCCGAGCACGCCGACUCCCACCCGCUCUUCGGGAUGCCACUGCACGGCAAGAACCAGUUCCCGGACGAGGCGCUCCCGCAGAUGCGCCCCGCCGUGCUCGACUACCUCGCCCAGGUGACGGAGCUGGCCAAUACGCUGGCCGACAUGUUCUCCGCCGCCCUGGGCCUGGGGAGCGCGGAGCUCCGUCGACGGCUGCUGGAACCGGAGCCCAUCGUCCUCUUCCGCUGCUUCAGCUACGCGGCCGCCAGGGAGCACGAGCCAGUUGACGAGAGCUACGGCAUCGGCCAGCACACUGACUUUGGCUUCCUCACCAUCCUAAUGGCCGACGCGCCCGGCCUUCAGAUUCUCUCCCCCUCGGACCGGUGGGUGGAUGUGCCGGUCAUCCCCGACACGUUCAUAGUCAACGUCGGCGACAUGUUUGACCAGCUCACCGGGGGUCGGUACCCGUCUCGUCCCCACAGGGUCCGCCGGCCACCGCCCGGGUCUCCGCCUCGCCUGUCGUUUCCCCUCUUCUUCGACUUCUCCUGGGGCGCCGACAUGCAGCGUCUGCCGCUGGACCACCUGCCUCCGCUGUCUGACGAGGAAAGGCAGCGCGCGGAGCAGCGGUGGGCUGCCACGACGUUCCGCGACGUCCGCGGCACGUGGGCGCAGUACCUGGCGCGCAAGGUCCAGAAGGUGUUUCCGGACCUGGGGCUGCCGGAUUUCGAGCCCAACGCCGCGCCGUCCACGCGUUUCACGAGGGCGGUGGACCUGAGCUCCUCGUAG